CGGUGUUAGUGGACGACGAAAAUGGCGCGGGUAGCGCUCGUGCUCACAAUUUGCAUCUUGGGUUUCUCCCAAUCCCUGGCAACGUCCUCCAAAUCCAACCACAGCGACUACUUCCGGUGCCUCUCGAGGAAAAUCCCCAGCCAGCUCGUGCUGACGCCCAGCUCGCCCUCCUUCAAGCCGCUCCUCGUGUCGUCCAUCAGGAACGCGCGGCUGGUGGCGCCGGCGACGGCGAGCCCCCCGCUCUGCAUCGUCACGCCCACCAACGCGUCGCACGUCCAGGACGCAGUGUGCUGCGGGCGCCGCCACAGGGUGCGCGUCCGCGUGCGCAGCGGCGGGCACGACAACGAGGGCCUCUCGUACAUGCCGGGCCGUCCCAGCCGCGAAAAGUUCGCGGUGAUCGACCUCGCCAAGCUCAACGGCGUGCGCGUGGACGCGCGCGCGGCCACCGCCUGGGUCGACUCCGGGACCACGCUCGGGGAGCUCUACUACCGCGUCGCUACGGCGGAGCCCGGGCUGGGUUUCCCGGCUGGCGUGUGCCCGACCGUCGGCGUGGGGGGCCUCAUCAGCGGCGGCGGCAUGGGCCUGAUGAUGCGCAAGCACGGCCUAUCCGCUGACAACGUGCUCGACGCCACCAUGGUCGACGCCGACGGGAACCUCCUGGAGGACAAGAAGGCCAUGGGGGACGACCUCUUCUGGGCCAUCCGCGGCGGCGGCGGCGGGAACUUCGGCAUCGUGCUGUCUUGGAAGCUGAGGCUCGUGCCGGUCCCACCCACGGUUGCCUUCUUCGAUGUCACCAAGACCAUAGACCAGGGCGCGGUCGACGCGGUGACCAAAUGGCAAACCAUCGCGCCGGCGCUCCCCGACGACCUGAGCGUACGUGUGGUCGUCCAAAAGCGUCAGGCCAGCUUCCAGUCCCUGCACCUCGGCAACUGCAGCGCGGUGGUGGCGACGAUGCACAGCCGGUUCCCGGAGCUCGGAUUAACCCUCGAUGACUGCCUCGAAAUGAGCUGGCUGCAGAACAAGGCGUACCUAUACUUCGGCAAUGCCAGCAACAACAAGCCGCUGGAGGAGCUCCUUCUCAACCGGUCCAUGACCAUUGGCCCCUUCGUCAAGAACAAGUCGGACUACGUCAAGAAAGCCCUCACCAGGGACACAUGGGAGAAAAUCUUCCUUUGGCCCGAUGGCGGGGCGGUGGGGCAGCUCAUCCUCGAGCCGCACGGCGGAAUGAUGAGCCGCAUCGCCGCCGCCGACACGCCGUUCCCGUACCGGAGCGGCGUGCUCUACAACGUCCAGUACGUCGAGUUCUGGAACGGCACCGGGGCGGCGGGCAUGCCGAACUGGCUCCACGGCCUGUACGACUUCAUGGCGCCGUACGUGAGCAAGAAGCCUAGGGGUGCCUACGUGAACUACCGGGACCUCGACAUCGGCGUGAACACGGUGGUCGGGGGCGUGACGAGCUACGAGAGUGGCAAGGUGUGGGGCGAGAGGUAUUUCGGCCCUGCAAACUUUAAGAGACUCACCAAGAUCAAGCACAAGGUGGAUGCUAGCGACUACUUCCGGAACGAGCAGAGUGUGCCGCCACUUCUAUUGAUCAGGGAAUGAGCUUAUGAGGAUGAAAACUAGGUGUCAAAUUGUGCAAAUCAGGCGCGUUUGAUCAUAUUUUGACUGCUAAUAACUCCGAUGGGCUAAGAGAGGUUAUCAACAUUCAUGAAUACAACUGAUCAAUUAGAUU